UGUUUUGUCACACUGCACGGCGUUUCCUUUGAUUGGGCUGUAAUUGCCUAACUAAGAAAGUUAGGACGAGAGGAAUUUAUGUGAUCAAAGUAGCGAUGAUUGUUAAGUCAACCCCCGGGCGACCACAUAACACUCAUACACUUAAAGGAAACAUUUUGUUUUUUCUCGCAAACCCAAGAAUCGAUCAUUUGCGCAUUCGUUAACCUUUAAAGGGCAUUUUUCUCCACUUACAAUUGCAUUAAAACGUGGCGGUGCAGGCAGAGAGAAAGGGACAGAAAACCGCAGGUAACUUACCAAUCAGCCAGGCAGCGGAAGUGCGACGUCCUUUGAUCUCCCGCCCGCGCGCGAGGGCGCGCGCUCGGCGAAGGGUUUGGAGUCAUAAAGCACUUUACGCACUCAAACUCGUCUUGGCAGCAGGCUGCGGUAAACACAGUCAGGCCACAGGCUUCCUGUUAACUGUGGCCCUGGGAUUUGAGAACAGCACCACAGCAGAAAUGAAGCGUCCUCCUCAAGCAGCAGCUUUCCGCUCACACUUUGAUGAUUGCCCUGAUUCCCACAGCCAGUUCUGUUUCCAUGGUACCUGCCGCUUCCUGGUUUUGGAAGACACCCCUGCUUGCGUGUGUCAUCCAGGAUUUAUUGGAAUGCGAUGUGAACAUGCAGAUCUACUUGCAGUAGUUGCAACCAAUCAGAAGCAACAAACCAUUGCCACCUUGGCCGUGGUGUCAGUAGUGGGAUGUGUGUUGCUCAUUCUGCUCCUUGUCCUAUUUCACUGUUGUCGGAAACGCUAUACCUGUAGUUGGAGCCAUGCCUUGACCUGUCGCCAUGAGAAACCAGAUGGUCUCCUCAAGGGUGGAGCUUCCUGCUGUCAUACGGAAACAGUGGUCUGAAUGGCUAUCCAUCCCAGUCAAUGGCAACUCAGUGGUGGAACUCCAGGUUUACCUCAUCACCUUCAGUUUGGUUUUACAAACCGAAGAGAAAUUUUAAUUGGUGUCCUUGGUGUCUUAACGGACUCUGGAGAGAAGAGGGAGCUGUAGGAAGCCAGUAUUGUGCCCUUUUCCCCAUUACUCCCAGUGUAUGACUAUCACGGGGCUGUCCUCUUCAGCAGCGCUGUUUUUAGCUCCAUUUUUGUUUCUUGGCAAUUGUACUCUGAGCCCAGCCAAGGUGGAAUGCACCAAGUGUGAACGAACCAUGAUAUUCCUGGAUUAUGGAGGUCUGCUGUUCUCACUAGUUGUGUUUUUUUUUUUUUUAAUGAAUUUUAAUUAAAAAGCCUUCUGAAGGUCAGAGUAAAACCAUAACAGAUGUCUAACCGGACAUAAAGAGGUGUUCCUGUAAGGUGAUUCCUGACUAUCUAGGACCUGAACAGCAAGAAAUGGUCUCCCUUUUAUAGUUGGAUGGACAUCUACGGGAUGCUCUUGGAGGUUUCAUCUUUCGAUGUUUCUUCUCAGUCACUUAAAUUCAGAAACCAGAUUUGUUGACUUGCUGGCUCCCCACCCAAUU